AAAUUAAAGAAGAUUAAACAGAAUUAACCGUGUUGCAGCUCGUUGUUUGUAGGUAAAGGUUUGUUUGCCGAACUUCGGUAUAGUUUCAUUUCGUGAAAUACAAGGAAGAAUCCAAGUAGCUGAAAUGGAGAUGGAGGACAAAUCCAGCCUGCUGCUCUCCUUCCACACUGAGAUCAAACAAGAACCAGUAGAUGCUGAUUGUGACAGUGGAGCUCAGUGUUCAUUGGUGGAUUCAGAGAUGACAUCAGUAAAGCAGGAAGACAGAAGUCAAAUACUGGGACUGAAUGUUAAAAUUAAAAAUGAAGAGCAGGAGGAGAAGCAUUUUGGGGAUUUAAUUGGUCAAGAUGUAUUUGCUGAAGUUGAUACAUUUACUACAUCUGGAGAGAAACAACAGGAAGACUGCAACAAUAAGAAGUCUCACCACUGCCCCCGUUGUGGUAAACGUUUCGUAAAUGAAUCAGAUAUAAAAAGACACAUUAACAUAUGUACAAGAGAGAAGUCUUACUCCUGUUCUGACUGUGGGAAGAGUUUCUCUAAUUUAUGUUACCUUAAAGCUCACCAGCGCAAGCAUACAGGAGAGAAGCCUUUCUCCUGUUCUGACUGUGGGAAGAGUUUCUCUUGGGUAGGUAGCCUUAAAGUUCACCAACGCAUACACACUGGAGAGAAACCUUAUUCCUGUUCUGACUGUGGGAAAAGUUUUUCUCAGUUGGCUAAGCUUAAAAUUCACCUGCGCAUACACACUGGAGAGAAACCAUAUACUUGUUCUGACUGUGGGAAAGGUUUCAUUACAUCAUCUGAACUUAAUAGCCAUAAGAGAGUGCACACAGGAGAGAAGCCAUACUCCUGUUAUGAAUGUGGGACAGGUUUUUCACAAUUAAGUUAUCUUAAAAAGCACCAGCAUGUACACACUGGAGAGAAACCUUAUUGCUGUUCUGACUGUGGGAAGAGUUUUUCUCAGUUAGGUAUGCUUAAAAGGCACCAGCACACACACACUGGAGAUAAACCGUACUCUUGUUCUGACUGUGGGAAAGAUUUUAUUUCAUCAUCUGAACUUACUAGCCAUAAGAGAGUGCACACAGGAGAGAAGCCUUAUUCCUGUUCUGACUGCGGGAAGAGUUUUUCACAUUUUGGUACUCUUAAAAACCACCAGCACAUACACACUAGAGAGAAACCUUAUCGGUGUUCUGACUGCGGGAAGAGUUUUUCUCGGUUAGAUUAUCUCAAAAGGCACCAGCACACACACACUGGAGAUAAACCAUAUCCUUGUUCUGACUGUGGGAAAGGUUUCUUUACAUCAUCUGAACUUAGUAUCCAUAAGAGAUUGCACACAGGAGAGAAGCCUUACUUCUGUUCUGAUUGUGGGAAGAGUUUCUCUUGGGUAGGUAGCCUUAAAAUUCACAUGCGCACGCACACUGGAGAGAAACCUUAUUGCUGUUCUGACUGCGGGAAGAGUUUUUCUCAGUUAGCUAAGCUUAAAAGUCACCAGCGCUUACACAUUUGAGAUCAACCUUGCUCCUGACUGUGGGAAAGGUUUCAAAAUACACUACUCAAAAAGUUAAGGGAACACUUAUUUCACACAUCAGGUCUUGAUUAACUAAAUAUAUUAAAGAUCAAUCUAUACUGUACAUUGUGUAAUUGUUUA